UCCACUGCCUACCGGAAGCAAUCUGACUAUUUUCUAUUCGUCAUUUCCGAACCAAUUUAGUCUAGCUUUGAAUCAUUCCAUUAAACCGCACUCUGUGCGUUUAUUUCGGGUUAUGUUGUAACGUGUUCUAUUACAUACAGUUUUGAACACGAUUUUGGGCGUUUGAAAGGCGCUGUCACGCCCAGUAGUGAGCCGUUCAGAAAAAAACCGAUUCGUUCGUCACUCGAUCGCUCGGUAACAAUCGUGCUUGUCCGGAAAGCUAGUUUCAGACAAGCUGUCGGCGAGGUAGUAAAUCAGUGGUAUGCGAAAGUGUCUAAUGAUUUAAGCUACCUUACUUCAUGCCCACAGACGACAGAGGAGUGGAGCACCAACUACACUCAAAUUGACAGAUUUGAGAUGGAAGGAGAUGUAUGUAGCUUCCCCCCAGAGUCGUCAGAUGACCGCUCACAAAGAGGAAGCGUAGCUUCUUCUGCUACACUCUCCCACUCUCAAGAUGUGCUCAUAUACCUGUUUGGUGACAGCGCGGUACACUUAUCAGUAGAAGCGCUCGGCAAUGUUACUGUGCAGGAGUUGGGUCGUUCUGUUCGAGAGGCUCUUCAUGUUCCUGAGUGUGCACAGGAUGCCUUUGCCUUCUGGCUGUCUUCUCCCCUCCUUGAGCUGCAGUUAAAGGCAAGGCACCAACCGUACAAGGUGUGUCGCCAGUGGCAAGACUUGCUGUAUCGCUUCACAGAAGCCUCAGAGGAAGACAUUUCACAAGAUGAGCCCUGCCUCCAGUAUCGUCGGAAUGUGUUUUAUCCCAAAUUUAAAGAGCUGCAGAUAGAAGAUGAGGGAGUGCUACGACUUUUAUAUGAAGAAGCCAAGCACAAUAUCAUCACUGGACGAUACCCCUGCGAUCCUGAACAUUGGGCCUCUCUUGGAGGCUUAUCUCUUGCUCUUGAUGAGGGGACAGGCCUGGAAAGGCAGAAAUUGACCUCUGCUAUACGGGAGAAGAAGCUGUCUUCUUUCCUACCAACACAUGUGGCCAUGGCGAGUGGAGGUUUAUUCUCGACGCUCAGAGGGAAGUCAAGCCGUCAGGCAGGGUUGGAGCAAAGACUUUUGGAAGAGUACCGAAAGAUCAACUUAUCUGGAGACUGUCCGCAAGACCCAGAGCUUAUACAUCAGUACCUGAGAACAUGUCACUCUCUUCCUUAUUAUGGGUGUGCUUUUUUUGAUGGGGAGAUUGACAAACCUGCCCAAGGAAUCCUGCAGAGGGUCAAACGCAAAGCUGUCAUAGUCGGGAUCUCGCUGGAGGGAGUUUAUGUGAUGGACAUCAAGGACAAACAUGUGCUUCUCGGCCUGCGCUUCUAUGAGCUUUCCUGGGACCACAGCUCCCCCGAGGAGGAAGGGGACUCGCACAUCUUAUGGCUUGAGUUUGAUGGCGACGAAGAUGGUACUCCGGUUAACAAGUUGCUGAAAAUUUACUCCAAACAAGCGGAGCUCAUGAGUGGCUUCAUCGAGUUUUGCGUGGAGCUUCGGUCAGUGUCUGAGGGAGGAGCUGCAGCGGAAAUAGAUGGUGAUUCAAGUCGGUCACAACAAGCCUCUGGUAAAGAUGACGGUGACAAGCAUGGACGUGGGGGGCGGCGUGGGAUGUUGCGCCGGCAGAGCAGCGUGGUGUGCAGCCGAGUCCAUUCGCUUAACACCAUAAACUAUGUUGACAAUGGAAAAGAAAUCAAAUGCUUAAAGCCCAAAAGAGCUGCAUCCUUUUUCACGCGACAGACAUCCGGGCCCAUGUACUCUUCUGUGCAAGUAACAGAGAGCUCAGAGCAGGGUUAAGAUUUUCCACCUGCAGCACUGCCACCCAUUCACAAGACCAAAACAGACCAUUUAAAAAGACGUUUGACUGGGGAUGGACACAAAACACAUUAACACUGGACCAAGUGAGAGAUCUUAUGAUGACCAUAUUUAUCUUCUGAUGUAUAUAUUUUGCAUACAUGUUAAUGUGAACACCCAAGUGACUUGAUAAGGAUCACAAGUGCUGACAACAGCCGAACAUACGAAGGAGAAAAGCCUUGAUGAAAUAACAGCUACUGGUGACUAUCGUGUGAACCUAAAAACUUCUCUUCGGCAUAACAGCUGACUUACCUCGAUUUCCUUUGAAACCCUCGAUAACCUGAGUAACUCAUUAUGACCACAUACUAUGCCUAGUAUGAACGCUUAUCCUGAGAAAUUUUGGGAAACAUCCUUUCAAGUCUCUUGUUUGCUUCUUUUUAAGCUGUCAGUGCCUUGUUCCAGAAGGUCAGCUCGGACACAUUCAUUCAUUCAUUCAUCUUCCGAGCCGCUUGAUCCUCACUAGGGUCACGGGGGGUGCUGGAGCCUAUCCCAGCUGUCUCUGGGCCGUAGGCGGGGGACACCCUGAAUCGGUUGCCAGCCAAUCGCAGGGCACACAGAAACGAACAACCAUUCGCACUCACACUCACACCUAGGGACAAUUUAGAAUGUUCAAUCAGCCUGCCACGCAUGUUUUUGGAAUGUGGGAGGAAACCGGAGCACCCAGAGAAAACCCAGGCAGGCCCGGGGAGAACAUGCAAACUCCACACAGGGAGACCGGAGCUGGAAUCGAACCCGGUACCUCCGCACUGUGAAGCCGACGUGCUAACCACUGGACUACCGGGCCGCCCAAGCUCGGACACAAUACUAUGAUCAUGAUUUUUUCAAUAUUAUUAUUUUUUUGGGGGGGGGUGACUACGGCAGGUCAAUCAAUCUUUGCUGACUUGGGCACUAUGUGAUGAAAUCAACAGCAGGUGACAUUCUCAGAAUGCAGACGGACAAGUUCACUAAAUAUUUAAUCAUAACAUUUGCUUGAUCAUGUCUUUUCAUUGCAAAAAAAAUGUAACAAGCUGAUGGGACUGGGCUUUUAUAUGUGCCUUGUGUUAAACAACAAAACCUCAUGAAAGGGGCAUCAAACAGAGUAGACAUCAAGUUCCUUCCUUCAUUUCCAGGCAACCAACUCCAUAUUUGUAUUUUUCUACGCUUGGAGAGGUUUGCUAUGUUAUGUAUCCAACCUGUCAUAAUUAAAGGUGUUGUUAAUAA